AUGUCCCUGGCUGAUUUUUGGAUUGUGUUGCUGGGGUGUUCAGCCCUGUGUCACACAGCACCUACCAUUUCUCCAACAACUUUACCAGAGGACGAAGACCUGGCUGAGAGAUACCUUUCUCAGUUCUACGCUGAUGUUGGGAUGAAAAACACCUCUAUGCGAAGCAUCACUAACAGCUCCUUCAGCCAGGAUCUACGGGCCAUGCAGGCUUUCUUUGGCCUUGAGGUGACUGGUGUCUUGAAUAACAAGACUAUUGAGGUGAUGAAGGCUCCAAGGUGUGGUGUGACAGAUAUCAGCCGAUAUGGACACUUCCCUGGGAAACCCAAAUGGGAGAAAAGGCUGAUUACAUACAGGAUCACUCAGUACACUCCAGAUCUGACCCAGAACCAGGUGGACAAAACCAUUGCUCAGGCCUUCCAGCUGUACAGCGAUGUCAUCCCACUGGACUUUAAACAGGUCUACAGUGGUACUGCAGACAUCAUGAUCCUCUUCAAGGGCGGAUAUCAUGGGGACUUUUAUCCUUUUGAUGGGGCAGGUGGAGUCUUGGCUCACGCUAACUCUCCAGGACAGGGUGAGGGAGGGGACACGCACUUUGAUGAUGAUGAAACCUGGACUCUCACCCAAAGAGGUGUGAAUCUGCUGCUGGUGGCGGCCCAUGAGUUUGGCCAUGCUCUUGGUUUGGAUCACUCCAGGGACAGACGUGCACUAAUGUACCCCACUUACAAAUAUGUCGACACAAACGGAUACAGGCUGCCAGAUGAUGACAGGCGUGGGGUUCAAACCCUUUAUGGCAGUCGUACACCAGUACCCACAAAAAAACCUAAACCACCUCCUGGCCCAGAGCCAGAGGAACCAGCAGAGGAUCCAAACCUAGACCCUCUGCCCAACCCCAGAGAGGAGCAGUGUAGCCGCGACCUGGUGUUUGACGCUGCUACCUCCAUCAGGGGAGACCUGUACUUCUUCAAAAACGGAUACUACUGGAGGAAGAGUACGACUUUCCAAGGAAUCCGUUUGACUAAAGUGAACACAAAAUGGUCACAAAUCAACCAUGUGGAUGCUGCCUUUGAAGUCCCAUCCAAGGAUGUGGUGUAUCUUUUCGAAGGUCGUCAAUACUGGGGCAUAAGGGCUUAUGCAAAGACAAUAAUUUCAGGCUAUCCAAAGUCACUCACCAACCUUGGCCUCCCGUCUUCAGUCACUAAGGUGGAUGCAGCCGUUUAUGAGUCAACUACUAGAAAAACACUAAUUUUUGUGAACAACCAAUAUUGGAGCUAUGAUGAGGGCAGAAGCCAAAUGGACUCUGGAUACCCACGAUUUAUCAGUCAGGAUUUCCCUGGCAUAGGCACUAAAAUAGAUGCAGCCUUUGAGAAUUUUGGAUAUCUAUAUUUCUCAUCUGGCCCCAGGCAGAGUGAGUACUACCUGCCAUACAAGAGAGUGAUGCGUGUACUGCUCAACUAUGGCUGGCUCAACUGUUACUGA